AUGAGGCAUGGAGGAGCAGCAACUGCAGCACAACAACUGCAGCAGCAGCAACUGCAGCAGCAACUGCAGCAGCAACUGCAGCAGCAGCCGCAGCAGCAGCUGCAGCAGCAGCUGCAGCAGGUGCAGCAGCAGCAGCAGGAGCAGCUUGCCUUUGCUGCUGAAACGGUUUGCUGCUCCAUGGCCUCCAAGACACAAAGCUGCGUCUCCUUCUUAAUUGCUGCUACAUCAUCGAUGCAGCAAAUGCCGCCGUCCGACAGCACGAGGGCCCCCCCCUCGAGGCCCCACUCGCCGCCGCCCUCAGCAGCAGCAGCAGCAGCAGAGUCCCGCACUGCAGCACAAGUCAACCCUGCUGCGCUGCACCCAAACCCUGCGCAGCAGCAGCAGCAGCAGCAGCAGCAGCAGCAGCAGCAGCAGCGGAGUCCCGCAAUAAGGCACGAGGCAGCCCCGCUGCGAUGCACCCCAAACUUCAGCAGCAGCAGCAGCAGCAGCAGCAGCAGCAGAGUUCCGCGCAGCAGCACAAGUCAGCGCUGCUGCGCUGCACCCGAAACCUAA